UGAGAGAGAAAAAAAGAUAGGUUAAUGGCGCUAGUGUUGUGUAUACAUGAAUUCUAGUCAAGUGAAAAACUACCGAUUAUUUUCUCAUGAAGCCCGCCAGAAUGUCGGGUAUUACGCCGAAAAGGAAGGAGAUUUACAAAUAUGAAGCCCCAUGGACAUUAUAUAGUAUGAAUUGGGGAGUUAGACCGGACAAACGGUUCAGAUUGGCGGUGGGAAGUUUCGUCGAAGAAUACAAUAAUAAGGUUCAAAUUGUAGCUCUGAAUGAAGAGACUUCAGAAUUUGAAGCAAAGAGUACGUUUGAUCAUCCCUACCCAACAACUAAAAUCAUGUGGAUACCUGAUAAUAAGGGUGUGUUUCCGGAUCUCUUGGCAACCAGUGGAGAUUAUCUGCGAGUUUGGCGAGUCGGAGAUACUGAUACAAGAUUAGAAUGUCUUCUUAAUAAUAACAAAAACUCAGAUUUCUGCGCUCCUCUGACGUCGUUUGAUUGGAACGAGGUGGACCCUAAUCUGCUGGGGACGUCCAGCAUUGAUACGACGUGUACUAUCUGGGGAUUGGAGACAGGACAGAUCGUUGGGAGGGUUAACAUGGUGACAGGCCACGUCAAAACACAACUCAUUGCUCACGAUAAAGAGGUUUACGACAUCGCUUUCAGCCGAGCGGGAGGCGGUCGCGACAUGUUUGCGUCUGUAGGUGCGGACGGUUCCGUGAGGAUGUUUGAUCUCAGGCAUCUGGAGCACUCAACGAUCAUCUAUGAAGACCCCCAGCAUCAUCCGCUCUUGAGAUUAGCCUGGAAUAAGCAGGAUCCUAACUACUUGGCUACCAUGGCGAUGGACUCAUUUGAGGUUAUUAUUUUGGAUGUCAGGGUUCCGUGCACACCAGUCGCCAGACUCAACAACCAUCGAGCAUGUGUGAACGGCAUCGCCUGGGCUCCACACUCCUCUUGCCACAUAUGUACAGCUGCCGAUGACCAUCAAGCGUUGAUUUGGGACAUACAACAGAUGCCCCGGGCCAUUGAAGACCCUAUCCUAGCUUACACUGCAGAGGGAGAGAUCAACCAGAUACAGUGGGCUUCGACGCAGCCAGACUGGAUCGCCAUCUGCUAUAAUAACUGUCUGGAGAUUCUUAGGGUAUAGGUUGAGGCAAGGUAGGGGUAGAGCUGACAGAUGGACUGACUGACGGACGGACGGACAGGCUGGAUCCUGUCCUAGCUUUCAACCUGGGGAGCAUUUCAUCAAUAUUUUCAUCCGACAACUUGUCAGAUCUGACAUCUUUACAUGAUUUUGAUUGGCUGA